GGCGGAGGGAAGAGCCGGAGGGCGCUCCGCCGCUGUUGGGCUGCCGGCUUUUCGCGGAGUUCCUUCCUUCCCGCUGUAAAAGCCGCGCCGGCCCGCCCGCUCGCCCCUUCCCUCUCCCGCGCCCGCCUCGCAUUACCUCCUGUCUCCCCCGCGCUCUCUUUCCCCCUCCCACCCCUCUCCCCUCCCCUCCUGCCCUUCCUCCCUCCGCCAUGUCCACCCGUUCGUGCCGGGAGAAGGCGCAGAAGCAGAACGAGCAGCACCAGGCCAUCCUGGCCAAGCUCUUGCGGGAGGAGGACAACAAAUACUGCGCGGACUGCGAGGCCAAGGGUCCACGAUGGGCUUCCUGGAACACCGGUGUCUUUAUUUGUAUCAGAUGUGCUGGUAUACAUCGAAAUUUGGGUGUUCAUAUAUCCAGGGUCAAAUCUGUCAACUUGGACCAAUGGACACCAGAACAAAUACAGUGCAUGCAGGAGAUGGGAAAUACCAAGGCAAGAUUACUUUAUGAAGCUAAUCUUCCAGAGAACUUUAGAAGACCUCAAACAGAUCAAGCUGUGGAAUUUUUUAUUAGGGAUAAAUAUGAGAAGAAGAAAUACUACGACAAAAAUGCAGUUAAUGUCAGCAGUAUGUCUUCCUCUGAUGUUGCUCAGCCUUUGGCAUCCUCUCCUUCUCUGCAAGCUGCUUCUGAGAAAACUAAAAUGGAGAAGGAAAAGGAAAAAAAGAGAGAAGAGAAAAAGAAAGAAAAAGAUCCAGAAAAACCUUUGAAAUGUUUAGGAGUUGAAAAACCUGAGAAGAAAGAGGAUCAGCAAUUGGAGCUUAAGGCAAGUCCUAAGAAAGUUCCAGACUCUACUGUUGAUCUUUUAGGACUUGAUGGCCCUGCUGAUUCUGCUGUUACAAAUGGAAGCAUUGCCACUCCUGUCACGGCACUGAAUGAUGAUCUGGAUAUAUUUGGCCCAAUGAUCUCUAAUCCUUUGCCCACCUCUUCUGUACCUCCUUCCCAGAGUGCUUCCACUAACCCUGCAGCUGUCUCCUUAUCUGCUGCAUCUGGGGACCUUGAUCUGUUCACUGAACAAACAAAAUCAGAAGAGUCAGCAAAGAAACUGCUCUCCAAAGACUCCAUCUUGUCACUGUAUGGCACAGGGACCAUGCCACAGCAAAAUGCUCCAGGUGUCUUUAUGGGACCACAGCCUAUGCCCUUUACUGCUCAACCAUCAACCCAUUUUCAAGGCUUUCCAACCAUGGGAGUGCCUGUGCCUGCAGCCCCUGGAAUGAUGGGAAACAUGAUGGGACAGUCAGUACCCGUCAUAGGACAAAACACAGGAAUGAUGGUGGGCAUAGGAAUGCCCAAUGGCUUUUCUGUGGCUGCACAAACUGCUGGUUUGGGACUUCCUCAAAAUGUUGUUGGCCCCCAAGGAACAACGGUGGGUCAGAUAGCUACACCCCAGAAUAAAUACGGUAUGCAGCAAAAUCAACAGGCUCAGUGGAACCUCUCUCAGAUGAAUCAACAAAUGGCUGGAAUGAAUCUGAGUAGUUCCAGCAAUAUGAUGAGCUUUGGCCAGCCCCCCAAUACAGCAGCAGGAUGGACUGGAAGUGCCUCAGGCCAGACUCUCAGCACACAACUCUGGAAAUGAAAAAUGGCAAUAGAAGCUCCAUCCAGAUGAAAGAUUUGACAUUCCAUGCUCAAAUGCAUCUAGCUUCCCUGGUCUGUCCAUGCACAUAUCUUCUCCCUCUCCAACCUCACAGAAUUGUUCAUCUUAAGAAGUAAUAUUAACUGACCGUGUUGUGGUCUGUAUUGACUUUGAUGUAGUGAAAAGCAGGUUGAGAACACCUAUCAUCGACAGCUUUUUCAUUCCACAGUACAUCUGAUUUCAUUAAUCAUAUUCAGAAGAACUAUGUGACCAACUACAUACUCAAAUUAUUUUAUCAGUUAUAAUUCACAUGGUUGCAUAUAAGGGAAAUAGGUAUCAUGUUAGUACUAUCUCUAAGAUGUAAACCCCGCCCAGAAAAUUACCCAGUAUUCCUGUAGAAGGUACUGUAUGAACAAAUGUUAAUCAUAUAAAUAAGAGUGUAUAUGUAUCACUGAAGAUUUUUUUCUUGCGUGUAACUAUUUUCUUUCAUUAUUCAUUUCGCUGUGGUAUUAGUAUGAUGUGCUGAACAGGAAAUAUGGUCGUGAAAGGAAGAUAAACCUGGAUGUCACGGUGGGCCCCAUCCAUUAAAAGAAAAACCAAAACCAGAAACUAACAUCUAAAAUUCCCAUGUUCUUAAAAUUAGGCAAUUUGACAACACAAGGGGUAGUAGCAGUAAUGAAAGACUAAUUUAAGUAUGCUGUGUAGCAUAUAUACAGGGUAACUCUCUGAAAGAGAUCAUUUUGUCUUUACAGCUGUAUCCAGGUUUAUGCCAUUAAUUGUGUUUACAUUUUAUGGUGCCUCGUACAGAUAAGCUGUUGCUUCCCUAUAUUAAAGAGGAAAAAAAUCCAGAACAUUGUAAGACCAAUUCAUUAUAUGUGGUAUUCUUCUCACCAUUCUUCCAAACAGAACUAUUUAAUUCAGGGCACAUAAACAUCAAGUAUAAAUAAUCUGGCAAAAGAAUGAAAAAUGAACUGAAAUGUACAUUGUUUUAGAUCAGUCUCCCACCCCACGCUAUUCCAUUGCAUUUAAUUGGUUUUGUCAAAACAAUCUGAAUAUUUUACUUAAACUGCUAAAGCUGAUGGGAUAAACACAUGCAAACCAACUGAAGACAAAUUACGUACAUCUUGAGCCGUCGAGCAGAUUGUUUGCACAGAAGUCUUUCAUUAGAUGAGUAAAGGAUGUUCUUGCAAGUUGUAUGGUGUUUGAAUGUUUAACUGAGUUCUGUAGGCAUUAACUGUCCAUUAAUUUUGGUACCUCCCAUUUUAUGCUCAGAUCAUACCUCAAUUUUGACUGUGUCCAGGUGAUACUUUGGCUCAUUAGCUAGAUUAACUUUUUCAGUUCUCGUGUGCCAUACAAGCACCUGCAAAAAAAUUAAGUUUUGGGAAAAAAUUAGUUCAUUUUAUGUUACUGCCCCCGCCCCCCGCCCAGGGUUUCUACAGUAAUGGUGAAAUUAAUACCUUUGUGCAGUUGCUUGCUUUUGGUUCCAGUUCUUCCACUGUGGUUAUCAUUUUCAGAAAAUCAGAUUCCUGCAUCCCGGGCUGUGAUCCACGACGUUUGAAUACAGCUUUAGGAUUCGACAAGAUCAUCUGAAGGCUCACAGCAAACCCUUUGUAAAUCAGAUUUUACAUAAUUAAACCAAAGUUUUACAUGUUUCAUUUAGCUCUAGACAUCAUCCUUUUUUUGCUACCCAAUUGCAUUUCUGUAAACAAAAGUUUACAGCGUCAUGCAGUGCUAUCAUUCAUGGGUUUGCCUCACAUACUAUGGAGCUUUUUUUUUGUGCUACAAGCCACUCUUUCUCAUUAUGAAAAGCUAUCAGUUGUGCUUCUCAUCUCUGUUGAGCUCCUUAUACAUUUUGAUAGAAUGUAAACAUUGGCAUUUAAUGUGUAAGCCAUUGGAAUUUAUGUAUAAGGAACAGUCUGUCUGGUGGGAAAAGGUAAGAUUUAAAGAAGACUAUCUUUUUCCUUUCCCAGAUAUCUCCAUUGUAAUUAACUGGAAACUGAAGUUUAAAGUGAAUGUAAUUGUUAACUAGAGGGCAAAAUAAACUUGACUUAAUGAA